GUUUGGUCUAGAUCUAAAUUUGGAAGCCUUUAAAGGCGGAUCGACAGUCUGAUGGUCUUCAUGCGCUUCAGUCUUCUACUUGGGCAAUACAUCUUUUCUGAGGAGCUCGCAAGUGCAUCACUAUGAAUUGUCCAGAAAUGGCUAACUCACAUGAUGAACCGGAGAAGAAGCUACAAGAUUCAAAUGGAACACCGAUGUGUGACUUACGUGAUGAACUGGAGAAGAAGCUACAAGAUUCAAAUGGAACACCGAUGUGUCUUCGUCUAGAAUUUUUGAAAGCCAUCACAUGUAAUUUUUCCACUGAAUCAGAACUUGGCAGAGGUGGGUAUGGAGUGGUUUACAAGGGAGUUCUUCAGAGUGGGAAAAUCAUUGCCGUGAAGAAGCUUUUUGAAAUACAUCUACUCGACGAUAAAACGUUCCAGAAUGAAGUCACUUAUCUUAUGGAGACCAGGCACCAAAAUAUUGUACAAUUUAUUGGUUACUGUGCUGAAUCAACUUUCGAAUUGAUGAAACAACCUAAUGGGAACUUUAUUUGGGCUGAAAUACCAAAAAGGUUGCUCUGCUUCGAGUAUGUAUGCAACAAAAGCCUUGACAAGUAUAUUUCCGAUGAAUCUUCGGGCCUUGAAUGGAAUAUCAGAUACAAGCUAAUCAAGGGAAUUUGCAGCGGUCUGCAGUUCCUUCAUGACAAAUGCCGUAUCGUUCAUCUGGAUCUUAAGCCUGAAAAUAUAUUGAUGGACUCUAUGAUGAUGCCGAAAAUCACAGAUUUCGGUUUGUCGAGGAUCUUUGGUGAGCAGCAAACACGAAUUGUCACUGCUAAACCUGCAGGAACACGUGGAUAUAUGGCACCAGAAUACUUACUUCAAGGUGUAGUCUCAAGCAAGGCAGAUAUCUUCAGUCUGGGUGUCAUAGUUAUAGAGAUUAUCACAGGCCGUAGAGACUAUCCACUUUUCCAGCAAGACAGUCCCCACAGUACUGCUACAUCUUGUCAGCAUUUCGUAGAGAAAGUACUUACAAGUUGGAGAAAGAAAUUCAAAUCCGCAUCGAAGUAUAUAUCAAUGGAAAAAUAUAGCCAACAAGUAGAACUAUGCAUCGUUAUAGCCCUAGCAUGUGUGGACCCUGUUAUGGAGAAAAGACCUACAGCAAAGGAUAUAGUCCAAGUGCUCAAUGCAGCUGACCAGAUGGAAGCCCGCGAAGAGUUGCCUUUUGAAAUGCAGUGCAAGGACAGGUUGCUGGUUCUACACACUACUAUAAGCAAGGAACUGAUACCACACAGUAACAGUGAAGACAUGUUCGGCAAAGAGACUGAUGGUAAAGUGGGGGACGUGAAAAAACAACAGGAGGGUUGGUCACCGACAACACCCUUGUCAGAGUCAAGCACAUGCACUCAGAAUCACAAACAGGCAGUGAAGGAGUCUAGUACGCCAGAACAAGCAAAUGAGAAAACCAAUGAGAUGGAGGCCCAUGAAGAGUUGACAUCCAAUACGCUGUACACGGACAAGCUGCUGGUACAAAACACUGCAUGCAAAGAUCUCACACCCCUGAGUGUCACAGAAGAUAUGUUCAACUACAGGAUAGAUGGCAAAGUGGUGGAUGAGACUACUUGUGAGGGUUUUUCACCAGCGCCUUUAUUGGAGUUGAGUACAAACAAUCAGAAUUAUCAAGAAGAAGAGAAGGAAUCUAGCAAGCCACAAGUAGCUAGUGGUACAACACCUAAGGGUGGUCUACCCACGUGUUUGUGCGUGCGCGGUGGUUGUGGUGUGCAAAGUUUGGAUUUCGCCCGAAAUUUUCAAAUUUCAGGCGAAACACACCCAUUUCGUUCAGGGCCGAUAAUUGCAAUCUGUAGCAAACUUCUCGAUGUCCACCCACCCGAGCUCAACUUCCCCGUCGAACCCAACAAGUUGGUCACAUGUUCACUGCAUCUAACUAACAGAAAUAAUAAUCAAGUGGUGUUUAGGCUUAUGGAGAAGAGAUAUAACUGGAUGUGCUUUCUGAAGCUGCCACUAUAUGGCAUUGUGCCCCCGAGGUCAACUUACACUCUUGUUGUGACAACUGAUAAAAGGGGAAGCUUGCCAACAGAAAGAGAGGUUGAUUUAAUACUGCAGACUGUUAUAAGUAAUGAGUAUAUCACGCCUUAUAAAAGAGGACAUGAGUGGGACAAUUAUUUUGAGAAAGCUAAAAAGGUUGAGAAAGUGGUGCAUACGGUCCCCUUGAAAGCUAUUUAUUCUCAGAAGGGGAAGAUGUCUUGUGAGGUGGAAGCCUGUGAAGAGUUGCCAUUGGAUAUGCAGUGCACGGACAAGUUGGUUGUAAAUACUUUGAGCAACGAUCUUGCACCCCAUAGUGAAUUGGUGGAUGAGGUGAAAUCUGAUAGGGGUUUGUCACCAACACACUUGUGGGAGUCAAGCAUACACAAUCAAAAUUGUCUAGAGGGGGCACAAUCAGCACAUGACAUAACCACUGAGAUUGAGAUGGAAGCCCCUGAAGAGUUGCCGUCGGAUAUGCAGUACACGGACAAGUUGCUGGUACUAAACACUACUAAAUGCAAGGAUCUAACAAUGCCGAGUGUCACGGAAGACUUGUUCAAGAACGAGAUAGAUGGCAAAGUGGUGGAUGAGACUUCAUCCCAACUGUCACGGAAAACUUGUUCAAGGACGCAUUUAUUGGAAUCGAGCACAGUCAGUCAGAAUUAUCAAGAGGAAGUGAAGGCCACCAGUGAGCCACAACUAGCUAGUGACACAACAGCUGAGGUGGAAGCCUGUGAAGAGUUUCCAUUGGAUAGGCAGUGCACAAACAAGUUGGUUGUAAGUACUGCGAGCAAGGAUCUCGCACCCCAUAGUGUGACUGAAGACCUGUUCAUCAACAAGACAGAUGGUAAAUUGGUGGGUGAGGUGACGUCCGAUGAGGUUUUGUCAGACCUACAAUGGGGGCAAGCAGGGGUGGUGGGCGCCCCGGGUCUCCGGCGGUGGGUCAGGGUAUGUCCUCUGCCCAACAACCAGCAGGUGCAGCGGCAUCAAGCACCAUCGUCGCCGGUUGCCCCGGUGAUUUUGUGUGAAUCAAACAUAGGCAAUGGAAAUUAUCCAGAGGGGGCAAAGGAUUCUAAUGAGACACACUCGGCACAUGACACAACCACUGAGACUGAGGUAAUCCCAGGCUCCAGCACCAUUCUUGACGUCUGCCCACUUGAGCUCCACUUUAGCUUCCAACCCAACAAGUUGAUCCCAUGCUCACUCGAACUAACAAACAACACAGUUGAAAAUUUGGUAUUUGUGCUCAAGGAGAAGAGCGAUAACAAGUCAUCUUUCUUAUGUCUGCCCUUGUAUGGAAUUGUUGCCCCGAGGUCCACUUACACUCUCGUUGUGACAAUCAAUAAACACAAAAACCUACCAGAAGAAAGAACCAUAGAUUUAAUCCUGCAGAGCAGUACAAUUGGUGAUGAUUCAUUAUGUAGUGAUGCCAAAUACAUUUGCAAAGAACGUUUUAAGGACGUCAACGAGUUAGGGAAUACGGUGCACAAGGUGUCAUUGAAAGCUGUUUGUGCCUCACAAGGAGAGACGACAUUCGAGCACGCAACCCUCCCUCUAAUAAAGAUCAUAUCGGUGGAGGAUACAGAUUCGCUCCAUUCCAUGGAUGCAAAUCAGACAGAACCAUUAAUUGUAACAGGUUCAUUUGGGUAUGUUCACAUGCAGAAUUAUGGCCUACAGGAAUCGGUAGGUUCGGUUGAAGCCUCAAGCUCGCAAAUAGUUUGUGUUAAAUUCAUUACUCGAAAGAGAUGGUUUCUGGCUGGGUCAAGUGAUGGUUUUGUUCAUGUGUACGAGUAUGAAAAUAAAAUGGAAAAAAUCACGAGUUUCAAAGCUCACAAUCUUGGUGUUCGUUCGCUAGCCAUUCAUCCGACCCAGCCGUAUGUGCUGUCAGGAUCUCGUGCACGAAUAAGGCUUUGGGACUGGGACUGGAAGUGCAUACGAACAUUUGAAGAACACUGGGGCUAUGUUUGUGGAGUCACAUUUAACUCAGAGGACCCCAACAGUUUUGUUAGUUUUACUGAUAGUUUGAAGGAUCACACAAUACAGGUUUGGAGUCUUGAUUCUACCAAAUACAAGUAUAGUCUGUCUGGGCAUUCGCAUAACGUGAGGUGCCUAGAUUUCUUCACAUGUGACAGUCGGAAGUAUUUGGUUACUGGCUCUUUGGACAAGACCGCCAAAAUAUGGGACAUGCAGAAGAAUGAGUGUGCUCGUACACUACCGCAUAGAUCCGCAGUUCUUUCCGUCGUCUCCCAUCCCAAUCUUCCCGUUCUAAUAGCAGGUACAGAAGACGGUCAUGUUUAUUUGUGGUGCUCCGUUAAUUUCAGGCUCAAGAGGGUACUGAACAUUCAUGGCCGUGAAAGGGUCGAAGGUCUGGCAUGUUUGGCAGGGUCGCGAAGGGUCGCGGUUGCACAUAACGAUGCACUAUCAGUGAUUGAAAUUGGCGAUGAAGAACAUGGUGGUGGCGAGGGCAAGAGUGAGGAGUCUGUAUCAGCAGCAGAUUGGGAAAUCCUGUUGGAUACAAACGUGGAGAGCAUGCAUGCAAGAAAGAAAGAAAAAGCUAAAAAAUGCUGACACCAACAUGAUGUACGGGACUUCUGACAGUCUUUUUGCAAAUUUGUGGGACCACCUGAGAUUACCAUUGGACCUCAGAUCCAACGGGUCAUAAGCUCCUGGAGCAUGGGAGAAUGCUCCCUCCCAUAGCACCUGAUAUUCUCAGGUAUUCUGAGAUCUGAAGAUUUGGAUGGUUGAGUGCUUGGAGCGCAACAAGGCAACUCUAUCGCCAAGAUUAACUCUUGGUACGCACGACUAAGCUGCAGGGAGUAGUUAGAGCUUGAGAGCAGAAAAAUGAUCUGGCUAGGUGGUGUUGUUGCUUGAGAGUUGCUCUCUGCUGCUCGACAGUCGACAGUCCAAUGUAUAAUGUGUAAAUUAUUAGUUUCAUUGAUUUCUUUGGACUAUCGUAACGAUGUAUAUUACUGUAA